UGCACUGUGUCCGCAGUCUCUGGUCAUCCCCUGCACUGUGUCCGCAGUCUCUGGUCAUCUCCUGUACUGUGUCUGCAGUCUCUGGUCAUCUCCUGUACUGUGUCUGCAGUCUCUGGUCAUCUCCUUUACUUAUGUCCGCAGUCUCUGGUCAUCUCCUGUACUAUGUCCGCAGUCUCUGAUCAUCUCCUGUACUAUGUCCGCAGUCUCUGGUCAUCUCCUACAGUAUUGUCUGCAGUCUCUGGUCAUUUCCUACAGUAUGUCCGCAGUCUCUGGUCAUCUCCUGUACUAUGUCCGCAG